CAACUCCAGUCUGCCAUCUUUGAUUGUGCGACAGGCCGCGGCGCGAGCGAGGCCUCACUCAACAAGAAAAUCGGUCUGGCACGAGAUAACGGGUGGGCAGGGAAACCGAACCAAGGGACGACUGCGGACCGGUUCCCGUUAUAGCGGUCCCACAGAGAAGCACGAGCUGUCCGCUCGAGACGGCGCAGAGGACACAGAACGAACGCCGUGCAUGUGCAGAGCAAUUACUUAGCAGCCAACGCGCACAGUUGCUACCCACUGUUAGCCGCACUGGGUUAGCAGGCUAGCCAGCUUUUGUAAUCCGCCGGCCAGACUCUGACUCGUCCAACACGAACCGGGUCGAAACGCGGAUCCAACUGAGCUCCUGACGCAGCCGUACGAACAAAGAAGGCCCCGGCGGUGGCAGGAGGCUGGUUCUGUGGGUGAGGCCAAAGGACCAGACUCAAUGAGUUUCCAGCGAAAUGUCAGAGAAGUCAGGGCAGAGCACCAAGGCAAAGGAUGGCAAAACAAAGUAUGCAACCCUUAGCCUCUUCAACACCUACAAGGGCAAAUCUCUGGAAACCCAGAAAACUGCAGUGGCUGCCAGACAUGGGCUCCAGAGUUUGGGCAAAGUUGCUGCUAGUCGGCGAAUGCCCCCUCCGGCCAACCUGCCCAGCCUGAAGGCAGAGAACAAGGGAAACGAUCCCAACGUCAACAUUGUCCCCAAAGACGGUAGUGGCUGGGCAUCCCGACCUGAGGGAGGGGAGGAGAGGCAACAGGAGACACCCCCGCCCCAAAUCAAAGCAGCGGUACUUCAGUCACAAGAGGUUUCUGUUGGGGGCAGCCGCUCCUGGGCCAACAGCAAGCAGAUCCAGCUAGACGGAACGCCACGUGUGAGCAGCCAUUUUCACCAGGAGUUUCCCAGCUUGCAGGCAGCUGGUGAAGUAGAGAAAGGGGAUGGUCAAGAUGAGGAGCCUUAUGGACCAGGCCCCAGCCUCAGACCUCAAAAUGUUGGCAGUUGGCGUGAGGGUGGAGGGAGGAAUUUGAACACUGCAUCUGGCCCUCCUGAGAUGGAAAAUAGGGCUCCAGAGGAGGGUGCUACAGAACAUGCAAACUCCUCACCUCCAGCAGAAGUUGAAGAACCUGGCCGUAAUGUGACCACUGACAGUCAGAGGGAGAAGAGGGAUGGCAGGGAGAAGUUGGCCCCCUCUGCUCCUCCUCAGCCUAAACUUAAUGGGGGGCAGCAGCCUCCUGGCGGGGUGCCAGCUCACUUUGACCCUGCUUUCAGAAGCAUGAUGCCUUCUUAUAUGUUCCAUGCCUAUCCUCAAAUGUCAUUUAGCCAAGGGCAAGGGAACUACAGAUACCCAGUACCACAAGAUGGAGUCAAAGCUCCUCGUGCUGUACGACCCCAACAGCCACCUCCUCAGUCCUGGAGCCAGGACCCAGACAGACCAUCUAUCGUCAGCGCUACAGAACUAAAGGAGCUGGACAACUUGGACACUGAUGCUGAUGAAGGCUGGGCAGGAGCUCAAAUGGAGGUGGACUACACUGAGAAAUUAAACUUCAGUGAUGAUGAGGAGAACCAAGCUGCUAAAGAGAAAGGAGAAAAUUGGGAGUGGUUGGGUAAAAUGGAGCGUGUAAGGUCUCGGCCAUCUGAUGUUCAAGAGGGCUGGAAGGAGGGCUCUGAGGACCAUGUGGGUAAUAAAAUAUCAUGGGCUGACGGUGUAGAUCCCAAUGCGCCAUCGCCUGGCAACAUGGGGCAGUACAACAAGUCUGCUGCUCCACUGGACUACCAGGUUAGCGGUCGUUCUGCUGGUGGUACAUCAACACGGGGGGGCAAACCACAGGCCACAGCAGCACCUGGUGCUGAUGAGGACUCGGAGGCCUGGCGGCAGAAACGCAAGAAGCCUUUGGAAGUUUCUGAAGCUGUAGAACGAGCAAGACGGAGGAGAGAGGAAGAAGAACGGCGAAUGGAGGAGCAGCGGCUUGCUGCUUGUGCUGAAAAACUGAAACGUCUCAAUGAAAAACAUCGCCAGGCAACUGAAGGAAAGUCACCCGCUGCUCAAAUCAGCAACGAUGAAACAGGAGCUGCCUGUGAGGAAGCUGCAAUAUCAGUUCCAGCUCCUGCACCUAGUCCUGUACCUUCAGUUACAAUUUCACAAUCACAGACCACAGUCAUGCAAGUUUCUCUAACUGAGAGGGUGGAUCGAGAACAGGAGAGGAUUGAACCAAAUGCGGAGGAGGAAGUUCACUUGCCUCUUCCUAGUCCCCCAAUCCAAAGACCUGUAUUGACCGAACCUCAAAGGGAGGGAGAGAGCACCUUGGCUGAGGUCAACACUCUGCUAGAAGAGAGCCAGCCUGAUAGGACAGCAGCACCAGUCAGAGACUUUUUCAGCGUAGAGGACAGUAGAGUGGAUGAUUCUAAUCUGUCUCUGCCUCACCUGGACACCCCCAGUGGUGAGGAAGUCCCCGUGGCUCCUCCACAGCUGGAAGGAGAAGCAGCUGCAGCAUCCAUGCGUCCAUCAGUCUCUUCGGGCUAUUCCAAACAGUUUCAAAAAUCUCUGCCACCCCGUUUCCUCAGACAACAGGAGCAGAUGAAGCAGCAGCAGUGGCAGCAACAGCAGAGUGGAGGCUCUGUCUCCCCAUCAGGUGGUGGUGGGGUCCAAACUACACAACAGCAGCAGCACCGCUCAAUGUAUCAACCUAUUGGCCCCCAUCACCAGCACUUGGCCUCAAUGGGGUUUGAUCCACGGUGGCUCAUGAUGCAGUCAUACAUGGAUCCCCGCAUGAUGUCAGGACGCCCUCCCAUGGACAUGCCAACGAACAUUCAUCCUGGAAGGAUGCCCCCAAAGCAGGUUGUGCGCAGAGAACCUGGUGACAACUCCAGCUCUAGCUCCGACUCCUUUGACCACUUGACCCGACCAAUUCGAGACCAUGGAAUGCCCUCGGAUUCAAGGAUGGUAUGGGGCUCUGAGCCAUACCCACAGGCAGAGCCAUUGCCUUCUGUCACUCCUCCAAAAGGACGCGACGAUGGCAAGGAAGCACGGAUUGACCCUGGUUUGGAUUUGGACAGGGGUAUUAUGUACCCCCAGGACCAUAGUGCGUUGGACUCCCGUAAAAGUAACUUCUUCCGGGACCAAACAGAGGCCCUGUCAGCAUUUACCCAAAGUACAGAAGAUUCAUCUGGACCAUUAGACAGGGUACCCGUUUGUUCAGCCUUUGAUCCUGAGGAAACGGGGCUACCAAGUGGAGAAGAGGUGGAUGCUCUUGGUAAGGCUAUGCUCCAAAGAAGUGUCUCUCAAGGCUCCAGCCACUCCCUCAAGCUGGAGGAGCCCAGGUUUGAUGGGAUACCUCUUGCAACAAAAUCACUAGAGUUACAGGGUACUGCAGAAAGAGCUGAUAACACCCAGAAUGAUCUGUACUCCCAGGCUGUGGUGACCAGCAACAGGGCGACGCCUCCUGCUGAUGGAUUACAUAAACAAGAGAAGCUCAAUUUGCCACCUCCUAGCAAGCAGAAAGCUGAGCUGCGCUGGGGAGGAAGAUCUGGAACUGGACGCAGGGAAGGCCCAGGGGGGGAGAGGCCAGUUCGCAGGUCUGGGCCUAUAAAGAAGCCUGUACUUAGGGACAUGAAGGAAGAGAGAGAACAAAGAGAGGAGAGAGAGAAGCGUCAUGAGAGAGGUGAAAGAGGAGACCGGUCAAAGAAGGAUCAGUCAUCCAGAGCCCUAUCUGCAGCUGCUGCAGUAUCUGAGGCUUCCAGGCCUCAAGGGGAGGGGAAGAAAGAAUCGUCAGAGGUUGAGGAAACGCCGACUGGCCAUCAGAGAGUCAGAGACUCUCAGCCUUCAUCUGUGGCUCCCACCUCCUCUUCCCAAGAGGAGAAAACGGACAAGCCACCCAGCAAUGACAAGCAUCCAGAACCAAAACUGCCCUCCAGGAAAGAGCCCAAUCUUCUUCCUCGUGCCUACAGACGGGAGGAGAGGGACAGACGAGAGGAGAGGGACAGGGAUAGGGAACGGGAUCGAGAUAGGGAUAAGGAAAUGGACAGAGAGAGAGAGUGGCCUGCAGACUCUGGUUUUAAAGGACGAGGUCGGGGAGAGUAUUACUCCAGGGGACGUAGCUAUCGGGGGACUUACAGUGGCCGAGGCAGGGGGAGUCGUGGUCGAAGCCGUCCUGAUUACCCUUACAGGGAGCCUCGCACGCGCUCCGACUUGCCGUCUGCUGGGGUUGCUGCCGCCUUCCGCAACAGGGAGGAAAGCGAGACGCGUAGUGAGAGCUCGGACUUUGAGGUUAUACCAAAACGCAGGCGGCGCCGUGGAUCAGACACUGAUUCUGAAAGCGAAGGUGGGAGGGAGUCUGCCAGUGAUACUGGUCCCUCUGACCGUGAGCCUAGCACUAAACCUAGCCGUCCACUGAGGCGAGAACUUCCUGGAGAAGGCCGUUCUGGGCUACACAAGCCAGGCUUUGGGCCUCCUCACAUGGGAGAGAAGGUUACAGGAUACAGAGGGGAUGAUGAAAGCAGACCUAAGCCAGGAUUUCUUCCUAAAGGAGAGCCUUCUCGGCGAGGAAGAGGAGGACUUUACAGCAGACGAGGUGGAGCAAGGGAGCGUGGAGGUCCUCGAUCAGCACCUCUUAGACGGUCAUCAGCAAGAGAUUCCUCCUCUCAGUGGCCCUCGAAGCCCAUGGAGACGUUCAGACUCGAGGACACAGAAUCAACAGCACGAUAUGACAAUCCUCCUGCUGAGAGACGGCCUCUUAAGUCUGACGGCAAGAAAUUUAUGGAUGGGGCACCUCAAAGCAGAGAAAGGCCUCGUAGGUCCCGACCAGCACGACCACCUAGGCAAGAUAAACCACCUCGUUUCAGGCGCUUGAAGGAACGCGAGGCUGCGGUGUUAGCUAGUGGAGAGAGAGCCCCAGGAUCAUCUGUUCCUCUGCCUGCAGCACCUUCUACUACAGCCGCUAGCUCUGCCUCUGCCCCAGUUUCCCUCUCCCCGACCCUCUCUAGAGCUCCAGGAGCCCCUGCAACUGCACCUGUGGAAGUAAGUGCUACUUUGCCUGCACCUGACCUGCACCCUCCUACAGAAGCAUCUUUGCCUGAGACCAGCAGCCCCACAAUCAUUGCAGUUGGCACCAAAUCUCCAGACCUGUCCAACCAGAACUCUUCAGAUCAAGCCAACGAGGAAUGGGAAACUGCCUCUGAGAGCAGUGACUUCAAUGAAAGGAGAGAACGGGAAGAGAGGAAAGUGGCACUGGAGGCUGCUAAUGAAGCAUCAGCUGCCUCUGCACAGGCACCUGCACCUCCUCAGGGUUCUUUGACCCCCAGUAAAAGCCCAUCUGACGGAGGGGUGGCUCAAAAACGUGAAGGAGCUCCUGCAGCCAAGAGGAGCUUCUCAAGCCAGAGACCUAUAGAGAGACCGAAUCGUAGAGGUAACAGUGGAGCAAAACCAGGACGAAGCUACACGGGGGGCAAGGGAGAGAGGAGGGGAGCUGGAGGGGCCAAAGCCGGCCGCAAAGGACCCACAGCUCCAGCUGAUGCCACAGCUCCAACAGCUGGAGGAGCUGCACACAGGCCUUCAAGAGAGCAACCUGCUCGUCGGAAAGAUGACGCCAAACAGGCUGCCAAGAAGCCAAAGGAGAAUGCUCUUUCUCAGUUUGAUCUUAACAAUUAUGCUAGUGUUGUAAUCAUUGAUGACCACCCAGAAGUCACCACCACAGAGGACCCACAGUCCAGCACCAAUGAUGAUGGCUUCACAGAGGUGGUGUCCCGCAAGCAACAAAAACGGCUGCAAGAUGAGGAGAAAAGGAAAAAAGAAGAGCAGACUACUCAGAAUUGGGGUAAAAAAGGGUCUGGUGAAAAGAGCAGGGGUGGAGGAGGAAAGCUGCCACCGAGAUUUGCUAAAAAACAGUCAUCACAACAACAGCAGCAACAACAACAGCAGCAGCAGGCUUCACAGCCUCAGGCUCCUGGGGCUUCUACCCCCCAAGCCCAACAACAAGCCCCUAUCUCAGCCCCCCAGCAUUCUCUCCAUGGUCCCUCUCAGCCUGCUGCCUCGCCUCACACUCUGGAAGGAACGGUAGCUCCUCUUCCAUCCAUACCACCUGCCACUGUGGACUUUACUUCAAAGAGCUUACCCCCUGCCCCCACACAGACACACAGCACUCUGGGUACAGAGCUGUGGGAGAACAAGGUUGCAGGCUCCACUGUCCUUCCUGAUGUUAAGAAGCUUGGUCCAAUCAGUCCUCCACAGCCACCUUCUGUGAGUGCCUGGAACAAACCUCUUACCUCUUUCACUGGCACAGUUUCAUCAGAGGGAGUGAAGCCAGGAUCAGAGGGCAAUGUAGAACUGGGUAUAGACAGUAUUCAGUUUGGAGCUCCAUCGUCUGCCGGUAGCACUGACAGUGAUGGAGUCCCACCUUUGCUAGAAUCUGGCUCUGAGCAUAAACUACCUGCUCCCAAAGAGCAGAGACCGAAACAUCGAGCUGGCCCAAUAAAAACACAAAAGCUUCCUGAAAUGGAGCCGGUGGAACCUAAGGAGUACAAACCUGGUCCCAUUGGCAAAGAGCGCUCUUUAAAGAAUCGCAAGGCCAAAGAUGCACGUGGAGGAGAAAGUGAGGGCAUGGAAGGAGGAGUACCCGGAGGAGGAGGAGGAGUCAGUAGAGCCGCAGACUCUAGUCCUCCUACCAGUGAUGCCACAGUUCCAGAGCUGGGAGGAGACAUCGAGGGCAUGAUUACCGUUCCCUCAGCAGAGUACAACAGUAACUCAAAGGAGUCAGUCACAGACUACACCACCCCGUCCUCCUCGUUAGCUGACACUGUUGGAGGGAAUAAAAUGGAGGAAAGUCUGGUGGCUAAUGUGGCACUGCCCCACUCGUUGCCUCUUCCUCGACGUGAGACUCUGCAGCAGAGCUCCAGCCUCAGCACAGUCUCCCCUGCUACUGUUGAUCUAACACUAAAGAUGGAAUCGGCCCGUAAAGCAUGGGAAAACUCUCCUAGUCUGGAGAAGAAUUCUCCAGUGACUUCCUCUUCCUCGCCCAUCACAUCUUGUGCAUCCUCGUACUCUUUCUCCUCAGCCUCUAUGCCACAGAUCCCUGUGGCCUCUGUUACCCCAAGCACCUCACUGUCGGGCUCUGGUACCUAUACAACAUCAUCCCUUAGUACCAAGACCACUACAGCGUCUGACCCUCCUAACAUCUGUAAGGUGAAGCCCCAGCAGCUGCAGGGUGGAGGUCUCUCCUCCAGCAGUAGCAGCAGUAGCAGCAGCUUCUCUCAGCUAGGCUGUGUGCCUCCCCUGCUUCCCCAGCAGCAGCAGACCCCACAGGUGUAUGUCUCUCAGUCUGCAGCAGGCUCUGCAGCUCAGAUUCCUGCCUUUUACAUGGACACGAGCCACCUCUUCAGUACCCCCCACCCUCGCUUGGCUCCUCCUUCCCUAGCGCAACAACAAGGCUUCCAGCCUGGACUCUCGCAGCCCACAGCUGUGCAACAGAUUCCCAUCCCUAUCUACGCUCCACUGCAAGGUCAGCCUCAGCACCAACACACACACCAGGCUCAGCUAGGACUCAGCACUGGUCCUCCUGUGUCCCAGACACAGGACCUGUUCAGCUCCUCACUGCAGCCUUACAGGUCGCAGCAGGCUUUCAUGCAGAGCAGCUUGUCACAACCCUCCAUGAUGUUAUCUGGACCUUCUCUGCACAGCUAUGCCGGCGUGCAGGCAUCGGAGCUGGGCAAGCCUCAGUCCAGUCUGGCCUAUCAACAGCCCUCAUCCACGCAGCACAUUCCCAUUCUGUUUGAGCCGCAGCUCAACCAACCCUCUGGCAUGGGAGGAUCCCAGCUCAUUGACACACACCUGCUGCAGGCUCGACAGGGAAUGAAUCAGCACUCAAACAUAUACUCAGGACAGGUGCAACAACAUGGCCAGAGUAGCUACUACAGCAACACUCAGUCUCCGAGUUCAAUGCAACAGGUGACAGUGCCUCUGCCUGGUUCCCAGCUGUCUUUGCCAAACUUUGGCUCGGGUGGAGGUCAGCCCCUCCUGGCAUUGCCUCCCACUCCUCCUCAAGCCCAGCCUCCGAACCUAAACCGCCAGCCCCCAGUCUCCCAGCCAUACCGAGGCAUUAUGGGUCCAAGCCACAACAUGAUGCAGCCUCCCACCAGCAAGAUGGACAUGGAUCUGAAGCUCUUUGGCACUGGGAUGGAUGUAAAGCCUGGGACUCCACCUGUCAGCGGCAGGAGCACUACACCAACAUCCAGCCCUUACAGGGCCAGCUCAACAUCUCCUAGCAGCCAGUCCAGUAAGAUAAACAGCAUGCUAUACCAGAAGCAGUUUCAGCCGAACUCUGCCGGCAUGAGAAUGGCACAACACUUUCCUGGCCAGUUCAAUCCACAGAUUCUGUCUCAGCCCAACAUUGUCUCUCCUCUGAUUCGACCACCUCACAAUAAUUCAUUUGCUGGAGGUGUCCAGCGUUCUCCCAUGGGUCCCCCAAUGUCACCUAAUGUGGGUGGUGGUCUUAUGCCUCAUCCUAGACCCCAGCACCCACAGCACAGCCAACAUCCUCCACGAGGAACCUCUGGUUCCUCCCUUGGACCCAGAAACACACACGCAUCACUUAAAGCUGAACAAGAUCUAAAGGCAAAGCAGAGGGCUGAGGUGCUCCAGUCCACUCAUAAGUUCUUCUCAGAUCAGCAGCAGCAGCAGCAACAACAGCAACUCAAGGCCCCGCAAGUCAGCAAAGCGCCUCGGCUUGACCAGGGAGGAAAGCCAGCGCUAGACGCCCCCGCCCCAAACCACCAGACAGGAAGUGAUCGCACAGAUUCUGAUAAACCCUCGGUCUCCACAGCCAAACCCAUACGGACGGGCCCCAUAAAACCACAGGCAAUCAAACCAGAAGAUGGCAAGUAAAGAGCUGCCGACCCUCCUCAGAUGACUAUGAAUUGAUGGAAGAGAGUCUGUUGCCAUUCACUCAGUCACCAUCUCAUCAGGAACCGUGUAGGAGAGGAGGAUGCUUUGCUUAGACAUCUGGAUGUUAAUGAUACUGAGAGUAGGUGCUGUUCUGCAUACACACAAUUCUUUCUUCCCCGUCUUGUCCCACUGUUAACGUGGGAGGUGUUUGAGUUGGAAUCUUCCAUCAUAUUUAGAUGCAGCUUAAAUGGCUGCACCACUUGUUUCAUACUCUACUGUGACAGUAGAUAAGAGUUGGACAGAGAAAGUUAUAAUGAAGUUUGCUGCUGAGUUUGCCAAUUUUUUUAAUUUUUUUUUUUUUUUUUUUUAAUAGCUCUUGAUUUGUUUAAAAAUGUUUCCUAUAUGGGUUUACGCAUAUAAUAGGAGAAAUCCGCUUUGGUAACAACGAAUGACUCAUUUCUGUUUUUGUAGUCUGCUCGAUCUUAGAUGUCAUUUAGUGAAGCAUAUUUUUGUUGCCCAGUCUUUAAUCAUAAUUGAAUAGAGAUUUGUGCUUAUGCACGCUCUCACCCAUCAGUCUCAUCCAGAGACGUGACAUCAGACGCUCAGUUGUCCUUGUUUUACCAGAAUGGAAAUGUGAAAAAAAUUGCAGCAUUUGAUUGACUUUAAUGAUUGAUUUAUAGAUUGGUCUGCCUGUGAGCCUUCGCUCCUGCCUUCUGCUCUCAUCUCCUUGCCUGAGUUUUACAAAUUUGAGUGUGUUUGUUGUAUAAACGGGGGGGGGGGGGCUUGCAGCUGGACUCCUGUGUAUUUAACCAAAGGUUAAUGCAGCGUGUAGGUAAAGUCAUAGCCUUUUCAGAUUGCUGUUGCCAUGUCAGCAGAGUUUGAGUGGACUUAUAGAAUCACACAGACAAUGUAUGAUCACUACUUGCAGGUGUUUCAGUUUCGAGGCAGCCGUCUCGCACCCUUUCACUGCUGUCACACUCAUGCUUGCUGUCACACAGAACACAUGUACACACUUCACUGUAAAGCACCCAGACCUGCUGCUAUUGACGGAUUCCAGUGCCCUUAGCUAGACUGACCAGGAUAGGGCUAGUUAGAGGAAUAGAAAUGGUGAAAAGCUGAUUGUUGAAACCGUAGAAAACCUUUGAGUGUGUAUGUCAGCCCUCAUGAGUUAGAGGGAUAAGAACAGGACAGAAUGAUGAAAAGAAAAGCCUCAAGUUCAGAAGUUUGGCAGAAGGACACUUAUUGUUUUGUUGUCUUUGCUGGUGAGAGCAAUCAGUGCUGUUUUCUGUCUCACCUCCGCUGGCUGUCCCACCCACAAUGCUCUCAUCUUGGGAUUGUGGCGACAAGGGUCCUUCAGAAGAAAAUGUACAGUGGUAUGCACCAUGAGGCAGGGGGCUUGCCCUCCUCACCGCCGCCCUAGCCAGGGGAAGAGUCCUUGCUUCAGAGGAUUGAUGAGUGGAUGGAUGGAUGCAUGGAUGAGGGAGGGUGGGUAAUUUUUUUUUUUUUUCUUUUUAUUUGUUGUUGUACUUGUACAGGGGUUUCAUCGCUGUAUUAAAAGAUGUACGGUCUUAUUUACAUUCUCUUGGUUUGGUUACAGAAACUAAUAAAAUAAUAUACUGUUA